CCAGUUGAAAUCUGUUCCUUGUGCCGUUCAGACCAGCUUUUCGAGCCUUGCUCAAUUUUCUACGUAAUUAACUUGCUGAUUGCCACAAUUAUUUUUUUGUGUCCGGAAUCAUGGCAACUCUAAGACACAUCGGACGACUGGGUGCCGCCAAGCGCCUUGGCUUCGCUCCCCUGACCACGAUCAACGCAAAGCCCAGUGAGAAGGGGAAGCUCACGUCCCAGGCAGUGUUCGAGCGCGAGGACAAGUUCGGGGCGCACAACUAUCACCCACUCCCGGUGGCCUUGAGCAGAGGCCAAGGUGUUCAUGUGUGGGAUGUGGAGGGAAAACGCUACUACGACUUCCUGAGCGCCUACUCUGCUGUCAAUCAGGGUCACAGUCAUCCCAAGAUCAUCCAGGCUCUCGUGGAGCAGGCUCAGGUGCUGUCGCUCACUUCCCGGGCCUUCUACUCAGACGUCCUGGGUGAGUACGAGGAGUAUGUCACGCGACUGUUCGGCUACGACAAGGUCCUACCCAUGAACACUGGUGUUGAGGGUGGCGAGACAGCGUGCAAACUGGCCAGGCGCUGGGGCUACAGCGUGAAGAAGAUCCCCGAGAACAAGGCGAAGAUCGUGUUCGCAGAAGGCAACUUCUGGGGACGCACCAUGUCCGCUAUCUCCGCGUCCACGGACCCAGACAGCUUCAAGGGCUUCGGACCUUACAUGCCUGGCUUCGACAUUGUGCCAUACAACGACUUGGCGACUCUGGCGGAAAAACUCCAAGAUCCCGAUGUGGCUGCCUUCAUGGUGGAGCCCAUUCAAGGCGAAGCUGGUGUUGUUGUUCCCGACGACGGCUAUCUCCAGGGCGUUCGUCGCAUCUGCACGGAAAACAACGUGCUCUUCAUUGCCGACGAAGUACAAACUGGCCUCGCCAGGACUGGUCGCAUGUUGGCUGUUGAUCAUGAGGACGUUCGUCCGGACAUCCUGAUUCUCGGCAAGGCUCUCUCCGGUGGAUUGUAUCCCGUCUCCGCUGUCCUCUGUGAUGACCAAGUGAUGCUCACCAUCAAGCCUGGCGAGCACGGAUCCACAUACGGCGGAAAUCCGCUGGGAUGCAAAGUCGCCAUGUCGGCGCUUCAGGUGUUGCUGGAGGAGAAUCUGGCUGAAAACGCUGCCAUCAUGGGUGAACGUCUUCGUCAGGGCCUCAGUGUUUUGCCCAAGGAAGUCGUGAGUGUGAUCCGCGGCAAGGGUCUCCUCAACGCCAUCGUGAUCAACAAGACAUUCGACGCCUGGAAAGUGUGUCUGAGACUCAGAGACAACGGUCUGCUGGCCAAGCCCACGCACGGUGACAUCAUUCGCUUCGCGCCACCCCUUGUGAUGACCGCGGAGCAAAUUGAUGAGUGCGUGGAGAUCAUCAAGAAGUCGGUACUCUCAUUCGCCUAAAUCUCCUUAACUGUAGCAUAUCUCUGGGUUCGACUCCCAGGAACUGUAUUUGACGAGUACCUGAGCAACGCGCUGUCCUUCGUCAGCUUGAGAAAAAUGUUUGAAAAACAUCCUUUUUUAUAUCGACUGCUUUAUAUUCAAAAGAGUUAAAAUAAAUUACAAGUUCUUCCUGGA